AGACUCUCCUUCACCUACAAAUGGCAGGGUUUCAAAGGAGUUGGGGUCGUUAUUUGGACCAAGUAGAUCAAGGUUUAGUAGUCGGCAGAACAGACGACCAUCCAAUGUAAAAACUAGAACAUGGACUGCUAAAUUUUAUUGUCUAGCUGACAAGCACAAACAAAACGUUCCAACUUCUUGUGAAAAAAUGCUCUUAGGAAAAUGUGGGUUGGGCUUAAAAAAAUACAAUUUUCAUGUCUUGAUGAUGAAACACAGGUGUACACAAAGAUAACAACAGAAUUUCCAAAAUUACAAAGUUGUGGAGGGGUGGAGCUGCUGCGCUCUAUGAGCAAUUGCCGUAUGUUACAAGUAAUUGAUGGAAAAUGGGAUGUGGAGACAUUAAAAAGCUCUGUAGGAAGCCAGUGUAACAUUUACAUAAGACCUAUUCAGAAGAGUAUAAGUGUAGAAAUUGACACUGAAGAAUCAAAAAAUCAAAUUCAAGAAAUGUGUUACAUUUGUUUGAAAAAUAUUUGUCUUGUUGACCUUAGACAUCACAUUGAAGAAUGUGGUCUCAUGAACCCUGUUCACUGCCUUGAGGAAUGUCAAGACAACAGCACAUGUGUAGCAGUCACAGAGCCUGUUACAGUAACUGUAUUAAACAUGCAUCAUGAAAGUAUAGACUAUGUCCCAAACAUGGUUUAUGACAGUGAAACCUUUUAUCAAACAGAUGAGAACAUUAUCCCUGCAUUGGAUCUGCAAAAUGAAAAUGUGGUAAUUCAGUCAGAUGACAACAACUCAUCAACAUUAGAUCUCCAGACAAGGAGUAUAAAUUCAAUUGUUGCAUUUGCUGUUGAAGAACUAGUCAGUAAGAAGAUUGAUAACCCAGUAGAAAUGCUAAGGUUUCUUCAAUCAGUAGUUGUUACUGGUAGAAAACUUGAUAUAGAUUCUUCAACUGACAGUAUUGAUGGUGAAACAAACUUCAUCAACAUAGACAGACAAAACAUUCUGGAGACCGCUAUGGAUGAAAUUAAAGCAAUUGCCAAUCCCAGACUGACAUUGGAGGUACAGUUUUAUGGGGAGAUGGCUGUUGACUUCGGUGGUCCCAGAAAGGAGUUCUUCCAGUUUGUACUAGCGGCAAUCAAGGAAAAGUACUUUGAUAAUGGACUUCGUGAACACUUGAUAGAAGACUAUCUUACAAUAGGCAAGCUUUUGGGUUUGAGCAUUUUACAGAAUGGAAAAAUUCCUGUAUUCAUCAUUGAGUUUGAUGAGCACAUUUUUUCCAUGGCACAGCCAUCUGACUGCAUUAGAAAUCUUCGGGCUGGUUAAGAUUGGCUUGGAAUAUAUACUGUUGGACGAAACCUACCAAUUUUCAGACUGAUUUUUCAAGGAAGGAGUGCUGAUCUGACAGUGCGACAGCUAACGAUGUUGCUUCAAACUCAGUUCUCAGAAGAAGGAUCAAACAAAAGAUCAUUUGAAAACAAGGUGUAUGGGGCCUUCACACGCUACUUAAGAGAAGUUGCAGGUGGUAGACGUGGGACAGUGUUCUUGGGAAAGGUCCUCAGGUUCGCUACUGGUUCUGAGGAAGAACCUAUGCUGGGAUUCGUCCUCCAUCCAUCCAUAAAGUUCACAGUUGCUGGUAGCUUUGUUCCCACAGCCAACACAUGUGCGAAUACAUUGAAUUUACCAAGACCUUCGCCAGAUACACCUUUGCCACCAGACCAGAAACUGUUUCACUUUUAUGACUUGGCCUUCUCAAAUACGUAUUUUGGUUUAAUUUAAGGCUUGUAUUGUUAUUAAAGAACUCAUACAUUAAAUGUUCAACACUCCAUUCUUUGUGUGAAAAUACAUGUAUAGAUAACUCAUGUACAUUUUUCAUCCAAAUGAUAUUGGCAAACUGGCAUUUUAUAUUUACCCUUUUUGUAUACAUGUUUGUGUACAAAGUGUACAUGUAUCAGAUAAUCUUUAGCCAUUGUCAAUUGUUGACAGAUUUAGACACAAUUUGACCAAUAUUUAACUCUGAAAUCAUAAUCAGAUGACAAUAACUCAGUUUUUUAUUCUUAAAGUGGUCACAAUCGCAGGUCAAAUCAUGUCCUACAAGUAAGUUUUGUUUUGGAGUGAAUAUUAAAAUUUUACAGCAGAAACGUUUAACAGGCAUGACUCAGUAUCCUUUUCAUUUCCAGACUAAACAUGAAUUGCAUGAUAAUUACUUGACACGUUUCAUUACCAUACACACCUUCUUCAUUGAUUGUUUCCAAUCUGAACCGAUAAGGGGUUUAUUAGUUAUUGUAUUAUUUCCACUGAAAGAAGCAUCGUGUUAUCCUUUCACUUUCGGUUAAAAGGCUUGUGUCUUGUUUUAUAUAGGUUUAUUUUAUUGUUUCAUGGCAAAGAAUGGCCAACUUAAAUGUUUAGACGUUGUUGUUUUAAUGAAAACAUUACUGGUCAUUGUAUUGACAAAGCCUUGGUGGGAAGGCGUCAGCUUUCAGUGGCUGAUUAAUAACUUAAAUAUUCAAAAACCAACCGGUAUUAAUACUAAUACUUGCAAUUUUGAGAGUUAGGUAUAACAAAUACUAAUAAUUUGAAAUUGAUACCCAGCUCUUCAGAUACUAAAAUUCUAUGUUAUUUUGACUUUUGUAGUACUAGUAUUUAUCAAUGUGCAGGUGGUGUUUUCUAUAUUAAAAUAAGAAAAUUCAUUCACAAACUUGUGAUGAAGAAAAAUGUUUAUCUAAACUCUCAGUUUGUUGAUGCUGACAUAAGUUUAAUAGGUCAGUGCCACUGACAUAUAUUGGUUAAAGGGUUGGUUAUCAGAACUGUUUAUUUUUAGCUCGACUUAGCACAUUGUGUUCAUGAUGUGAUCUCCUUUUGCCCGCCAUGCAUGGUGCGUUGUGCAGCGUCAACAUUUGCCUUGUUAACACUCUAGAAGCUGCAUUAAUUGUCUGAUCUUCAUGAAAUUUGUUCAGAAGAUUUGUGCCAAUUAUAUCUUGGACGAGUUGGAAAAUGGUUCCCGAUGGUUGAAAAACAUGGCCACCAGGGGCGGUGCAUUUUUGCGUAUAUGGCUACAGUAAAACCUUGUUAAUACUCUAGUGGCAAUAUUUAUUGUCUGAUCAUCAUAAAACGUGGUUAAAAGAUUUGUCCCAAUCAUACCUUGGACGAGUUUUAAAUGGUUCCAGUUGCUUGAAAAACAUGGCCGCCGAGGUGUGUGGCAGUUUUCCUUAUAUGGCUAUACUGAAACCUUGUUUAUGCUCUGUUGGCCACAUUUAUUGGCCAAUUUUCGUGAAACGUGGUCAGAACAUUUGUCCCAAUAAAAUCGAAGCCGAGUUUGAAACUGGGUCAUGUGAGCUUUAAUUGAGGUCACUAGAUCAAAUAAAAAAAAAGCAUUUUAACACUAGAAGUCACUUUUUUGUCCAAUCGAAUGAUUUCUCAGCAGAGUUCAAAACUAAAAAGGUGCCUAGAAAUUAAAUAUUUAUGUUUCAUAAAAUACUUUCAUUAAUUUGAACUCAACCUCCUCAAAAUAGUUUAGUUCCUUUGGGUUUCAGGUGAGCGCCUUAGGACCCAUGGCCGACUUGUUUGACAAUUGGACCAGGCAUUAGUUUAGUGUCUUUAACCCUUUUAAAUGUAUAUACUGAAUGUUCUAGUCGUCAUUUGUUCUUACAGCUAAGGAAGCUGGUCUGUUACAUAGUUGGUAUUUGUGUUUUAUUGUUUAAACAAUCGGUUAUUAGAUUGGGGUAUGUCGUUAUGUGGCAGUCACCUUUGGUUUCAACACUUAAGAAUGGAUUGAGAUAUUGUAAUGCAAAUGCAUAUAUAGAUACCGUAUAUGGAGACCUCGCUUUGGGAUCACAUGUAGAGUGGUGGGGUCAAGGUCACCGUUUCUAAAAAUAACUUGAGAAAGCAUCAAGAUAUUUUAAUAAAACUUUAUACAUAGAUACUUUUUAUCGAGACCUUGCUUGUGAUUGCAUUAAGGGUGGGUGGGGGUCAAGGUCACUUUUUCAAAAAACGAAAAUCGGUUUGGGAAAAAAUAUGGAAAAAAUAUUUUAAUGAAACUUACUAUCUAGUACCUUAUCAAGACCUUUCUAUGGACUGGAUAUGGGUGAGGUGGGGUCAAGGUUACUGUUACCAAAAUAGAAAAAAAGUUUCUGCUCAAUAACAUGAGAAUGUAUUGAGAUAUUUUAAUCAAACUUCAUUCAUAGAUACCUUAUAUCGAGCCUUGCUUGGGAUUCAUAUAGGUUGGUUGAGGUCAAGGUCACCAUUAUUAAAAGGAGAAGAACGUUUUCCCUCAACUUGAAAACGCAUUGAAAUAUUUGAACGAAACGUCAUACAUAGAUACCAUAUAUCGAGGCCUUGUUUGAGAUUACAUAUUGGGUAUGUGGUGGUAAAGGUGACCGUUAUUAAAAAUAUGAAAAAAAGAAUUCUGCUCAAUUAUUAGCAUGGCUUGACAUAUUCCAAUAAUUCUUGGUAUACAUGUGUAGUGUCGUAAAAUACAAGUCAAGUUCAACUAUGGUUACAAACCACUAAAUUUUGACAAGAAUUUUGGCCCUUUUAUUUACUGAAAUUCCCUAAAAACAUGGAUUUCUUAUGAUAACUCAACCAUGGCUUGAUAUAUUUAAAUAAUUAUUGGUACAAAUGUGUAGCAUCAUAAAAUACUGGUCAAGAUCGAAUUGGGUUACAAACCACUAAUUUGUACACGGUUAUGGCCCUUUCCCCCCCCCCUCCAAAAAAACAACAUUGUUUUUUGCUUAAUUACUCAUGAAAGGCUUCACAUAUUUAAAUUAUUAUAGAUACAUAGGUGUAACAUUAUAUAAUACAGAUCGAGUUCCUCUUUGGAUACAAACCACUUAAUGUUGACAGAGUAAUGGCUUCUAAUGAAAAUAAAUCAUUAAAUAAAUUUAAAAAAAAGAACUAGACACAAAUCUGCUAUUUGGUGCUUGAUCUUUUCCUCAAUAUGCUCUUUUUCAUAUUGAUUUUCGCAGUGUUUAUUUUGUUGUUUCUAUUUUUCAUUUACAGUUGAAGGACGUUUAAUUCAUAGGAAUUCAAAAUUGAAAGAUCAUAAACAGACAAUUAAAAAAAAGUAGAUUCAUCAGUAAUUCAUGUUGAAUUUAUGGUUAUUUCCUCAAAUGGAUGUUUCGUUAAAUGUCCAUCAAAUUGGAAUGUCAAAAGUAGCCUCAUAUUAACUUUUUCAUGUAUCUGAAAUCCCUGUAAAAAGCCUUAUUUUUGCAAAAAUUGAAACCUUUAUAAAAGCAUUUAUUUUCAUUGUUAUCUGAUAGUAGGCCUGACUUCAUGAAACCAAUAUGUGAGCUUUAGGGCUUUGUGAUUGGCUUUAUUUUGUAUUGAUGUCAAUUCGACAAACUUGCAUGUUAAACCUGUUGGAAUACAUUGUUAUAAUGAUUAUUGUUUGAUCUCCAGUUUAUUGUUAUGAACACAUUUAUUAUUAAAGGGUUGUUGUAUUAAAAUUUUAAUGUUUCAGUUUUAUAAAUUACAUAACUGAAUAAAAGUAUUGUUAUGUCUUUA